GAUGACUAAAAAGCGGUAAUCUGACUGGUUGCUAUGGACAAGUGAUGACUAAUAAACUGUAAUCUGGUUGCUAUGGGCAACUGAGAAAUAAAAUAUGAAAUCUGACUGGUUGAUACAGGUAACUGCUAACAGGAAGAUGGAAUCUGAUUGGUUGCUAUGAGCAACUGAAAGCUGGAAUCUGGUCGCUAUGGACAACUGUCAGUGACUAUUCACACCCAGGGGAAGAGGAAGAGGAGGAGACGCUGCAAAACCUGAAGAACAAGCAAAGAACGGAGACUCCAACAUGUGGAGGCAAAUCCUGGAGAACGGCAGGUCGGCGUUCAAUGAUCACUGGCCGUACAGCGCGCUGGUUCCUGUGGGGGGCGCCGCACUCUGCUGGAUGUUAUGUGGACGCAGAAAGAAAACCAUAGAGAUGGGGGAUGGGUGGUGGGGACCGGGGGAGAAGCCCCAGAAGAACGAGGACACCGGGGUGAGACCUUUCCGUGUGGAGGCGUCAGAGGAGGAUAUUAAGGAUCUGCAUGCCCGCCUGGAUCACACCCGCUAUGUCUUCCCUCUGGAGGACGCUCAGUUCCAUUAUGGAUUACCAGGUACAGAGCUCCAGAAGAUCGUCUCCUACUGGAGAAACACGUAUGACUGGGCCCAACAGGUGGAGACCAUCAACAGAUACCCGCACUACAAGACCCGCAUCGAGGGUCUGGACGUCCACUUUGUCCAUGUGAAGCCCCCGCACCUUAAGCCUGGACAGAAGGCCGUCCCCCUCCUCCUGGUCCAUGGCUGGCCCGGAUCCUUCUAUGAAUUCUACCGCAUUAUCCCUCUCCUGACCGAACCGGGGAAUCACGGACUGGACCCCAGCAUCACCUUCGAGGUCAUCUGUCCCUCCAUACCUGGAUACGGCUUCUCUGAGGCCCCACACAAGAAGGGUUUUAACGCCAAUGCGGUCGCCCGUAUCUUCUACAAGCUGAUGCUCAGACUGGGAUUUAGCGAGUUUUACCUGCAGGGAGGAGACUGGGGGAGUCUGAUCACCACAACCUUGUCACAGAUGAAGCCGGAGUCGGUAAAGGGUCUCCACCUCAACAUGGUUUUUAUAAAUAGUGCAGGGCUCCGGAUGCUGCUGUCUGUACUUCUUGGCCGUCACCUGCCUUGGCUGGUCGGUUUCACAAGAGAAGACGUCAAACGUUUCUUCCCGUACUUAGAGAAGUCGGUGUACGCUUUGGUGCGGGAGUCGGGAUACCUCCAUAUUCAGGCUACGAAACCAGAUACUGUUGGCUCCGCUCUCAAUGACUCCCCUGCUGGUCUCGCUGCCUACAUUCUGGAGAAGUUCUCUACAUGGACAAAUCCAGACUACAGACAACUGGAGGAUGGAGGCCUGCAGAGGAAAUUCACCAUGGACGAUCUACUCAAUAACGUGAUGAUCUACUGGGUCACGGGAUCCAUUACAUCUUCUAUGAGGUUCUACAAGGAGAAUCUGUCCCGAGAAUUCCAGAGUUCUGCAGCAGUAACGACCCCCGUCUAUGUCCCCACCGGUAUCGCUGCGUUCCCCUCAGAGUUGUCUCACUGCCCUCAGGUUUUGGCUAAAGAUAAAUACAAGAACAUCGUCUCUUACACCUAUAUGCCGCGGGGAGGACAUUUUGCCGCAUUUGAGGAGCCAGAAAUUCUCGCGCGCGAUAUCCAGAACUUUGUGUCUAAAGUGGAAAAAAAAUAAAGGCCCCUCCUCCCAUCCUCUGUGUCCUUAAUAAAGUUACAUUUUGUAAUUUGA